AUGACGUCACUUGUAAAAAAGAGGAAGACAGUAGGUCCGAGAAAUGGCGACUCCGUGAUCAGUCUCGUUGGGGGGUUAUUGGGGGUUGGACUCGCUCAGUUCUUUGACUUUAUGGAAAUAUAAUUAACUCACCCUAAAGACAUUAUUUAUAAAAAGGAUUGGUGAAUUCGUAUUUUGGAGCAGAAAUGUCGGCAAAUAUGUACAGAGUUGGAGACUAUGUAUUUUUUGAGACAUCCUCAACUGCACCAUACCAAAUUCGUCGAAUUGAAGAGUUGAAUAAAACUCAAAAUGGAAAUGUUGAAGCCAAAGUUAUGUGUUUUUAUAGGAGAAGGGAUAUAUCCAAUUCACUUAUUUUAUUGGCAGAUAAGCAUCACAACACACUAGAAGAGGAGACAGAGGAAGAUAGAGACGUGGUCGAAGAUGAAACAGAGCAGAGGAAAGAAGUAGAUGAAAGCUCGUCACCUUUGGAAGAUGGUGAUGUUAAAGAAAGUACGGGUAAAGUAACAGCUGUGGAAGAAAAUGGCACAGACACCACCACAAAUGGUAAUAAUAACAAUAAUAACCAUGGUGGUCGGGGAAUGGAAGAAAUCCCUGAAAAAUUGCGCCAUCAGUUAAAACAUCGAGAGUUAUUUCUGUCCCGGCAAGUAGAGACUUUGCCUGCCACUCACAUUCGAGGCAAAUGUUGUGUUACGCUGCUCAAUGAAACUGAAUCCCUUCUUUCCUACCUGAAUAAAGAAGAUACAUUUUUUUACUCAUUGGUCUACGAUCCUCAACAAAAGACAUUACUAGCUGACAAAGGGGAAAUUCGUGUUGGUUCUAAAUAUCAAGCUGAAACUAUUCCCAGAGUUUAUAUUGAUAAAGCUACUGAAGAUUUACGUAAAUUGGAAGAUUUAGAAGAGCUUGUGUGGGACCCAAACAAUGGUCUUUCUGAUAAGGAAAUUGAUCAAUUUCAGAUUGUUGCCAGAUCUGUAGGUACUUUUGCACGUGCUUUGGACUGUACAAGUACUGUAAGACAACCCAGCCUUCAUAUGAGUGCAGCAGCAGCAUCUAGAGAUAUUACUAUAUUCCAUGCAAUGGAUACACUCCACCGCCAUGCUUAUGAUAUUGCUAAAGCCAUCAAAAGUUUAGUACCAUCAGGUGGCCCUGUACUCUGUCGAGAUGAAAUGGAGGAGUGGUCAGCAUCUGAGGCUAACUUGUUUGAAGAUGCUAUUGAAAAAUAUGGCAAAGAUUUUAACGAUAUCAGACAAGAUUUUUUACCAUGGAAAUCCUUAAAAAGUAUAGUAGAAUAUUACUAUAUGUGGAAAACUACAGACAGAUAUGUUCAACAGAAAAGAAUUAAAGCAUCAGAGGCAGAAAGUAAGCUGAAGCAGGUGUACAUUCCUAAUUACAACAAACCCAACCCAGCAGCAAUUAAUACCAAAGUGAAUGGUACUGAUGGUCCAGUCUCAGGGAGGGCUUGUGAGAGCUGCUAUACUGCUCAUUCUUCCCAGUGGUAUUCUUGGGGCCCUAUUCACAUGCAGUGCAGGCUGUGCAGCAAUUGCUGGAGUUACUGGAAGAAAUAUGGUGGAUUGAAGAUGCCUACUCGACUGGAUGGAGAAAGACCUGCACCAAAUGCAAGACAAGAGAGAGUAGCACAGAUGAACUCUUUUAGAAUGCAGAAAUGUACUAUAAGUGGUUGUGGGAAAGAAUUCAAGCUGAAAGCUCAUCUAGCAAGACAUUUAGCCACAGCUCAUGGACUUGCUAUUCAGCCUGGAAGCCCACGACCUGUUAUGAAAACUCGAGCUGCUUUUUGCCUUGUCACAACAGAACUUACCCGCUUAUCUCGGCGGUUAUGUCGUGACAUCCUUCGCCCAAGACAUGCUGCUCGAUGUCCAUUUACCCCUAUCAAUACUGCUAUAAUCAAACAAGAAUGUCAGCUGCGGCUUACUGAUCGUGGUAAUUCCUAUCAGUCUGCAUUAAAGUCCAGAACGCCAACAACACUGGAUCCUGUGGUUUCACGGUUGGGCAUUGACACUAAACAAGAAAAGCCAAGUCUUUUAGCACGUGGCCCUCACUGUGGAGGUGGGGACCCAAGUAGCAUGACCAAAGAACGGCCUGCAGAAAAUGUCAAAGUGGGUUCUGGUCAUCCUUCUAUAAUGAAAAAAAGAGGCUAUGAACAGACAAAUGGCAUGGAUUCUGCUCCUUUAGCAAAGAGGCCAAACAUGGGAGUCAUAAGGCAAGCCGGAGCAGCUAUUAAAACUCCUGGAGUCACACGAGGCAGUGUUUUGAAUCACAACAGCAUCAAUGGCCGUAGUCGAUUUGCUGGACGCAAUAUGAAGAUGCAUAUGGUUAGCUGGAUGGAUAUGCCAGAUGAUGUAUAUUUUGUUGCCACAAUGGCAACAAGGAAAAUUCGGAAGCAACUCCAGAUGAAUGACUUCAAGCGUCUAGCACGUAACCCAUGGAAGAGUCUGAAUGUGAAACCACCAUUGCCUUCAGGGUCCUUUGGUAAUGGACAUAGAGUAGGACAACAGGAAAUUGUUGUCUUGGAUUGAGAAAGCUAAAUGUAUUGCAUGUCCUAAAAUAAUUAGCCACAUUCACAAACUGGACUUGAUUAAUUAAAUCUGACCCUAGGAAAACGUUUUGGUGCUUCUAAGAGAAGUAGCAACAAAUCAAGUUCUCUUGCUCCAGUGCUGGAUUUAUGGGGAGUGACCUUGACACUAAGACUAUACAUAGACCAAAUAUUGGCUUUCCUAUUAUAUGUACAUAGCAUUGCAAUGUUGUGGACUUUGUCUUACCACUUGUUUCUCCAAGGAGUGCAGAAGUGCGUGAUGACUCUCUCCUGAGACCUAGUUCACUUCCUAAAUCUUGUGACGUAAAGGCUUACAUUAGAAGACAGGAAGUGGAACUCUCCUUUUUGUUGUAUUCACUAGGAAAUAUGUGUGCACUGUAAGUCAUGUGUAUGUGACUAGAUUAAAUGUAUGUAAGGAAGUUCAUUAUAUGCUAAAUAGUACACAGGUUUAGAUGACUGUUUGGACAUUAUGCUCAUCUAUAACAUCUGUCAAUUUGUCAGUUAUUGUGCCAAGGAUCAUUGUAAAUAUUCAUUGGUUUUUAACUAUUGUCAAGAAAAAAAAGUGACAAAACAUGAAAGAAACUUUGUGAACAUUGUGCCUGGACAUCUUUCCUCAGAUUUGUAAGCCUCAUACUUCUCAGUCCAAACUCAUAACAUGUUCCACAUCAACUUACACUCUUCAUCCUUCAGCUCUAACAGUUUUGUUAAGGUCAUAAAUAGUUGCUAUUGAUCAACUUCAGCUUUUUCUUCGUUUUAUUCUUUAUGAAUGAACUCAUUUGUAGAUUUUGUCUUUCUAGUCCCUAGAAGUAUUGUGUAGAUUGUCUCCUAUUCAGUUGUACAAUGUAAUGAAAACUAUUAAAGCAUUGGUCAAACAAAAAGCCUUGACAAAAACACUUUUUAUUUUAUUUUUUUAAACCUAUAAACAUAAUAUUCUAUGCUUUAUUGAAAUUAAUUUUGUCUCUAUAGUAGAACAUCUUUACAACAUCUGUCACAUUUAUGACACUGUUCCAUUUUAUCGCAUUUCGUCUCACUUUGAAAACAGCAUUAGAAUGAAUUGAAAGCCAAUAGAAAAAUUAUUGAAGUCAUUGCAGUACAUUAAGGUUUCUGUUGGGCACUGCCUAAAUCUCAUUUUCAGUCAGCUGCUGAAAUUUUUAGGGCUAAAAUAAAAAAGUUCACUGCACCACCUGAUGAUUUGGGUAUGUCUAUAGAUGCUACAAAAUACAAAAGCAGAAACAACUUCUUUGUUUUAUUUGACUGUUUCUCAAAAUCUUCACCAUUGACUUUAGUCCACCCUUAGCAUAAUCCUACAAUUUGUGAUGCUUAAACUUGUUCAGAUCUGCAGAAAUAAUGCCAAGUCCAUCAGCAUCAGCAUUAUGUGCAUCUUGACAUUUAUGUCAUUAGGAUGGAAUGGUUGUUAAAGUUUGUGUGACACAACAUAUAAGUAGACACACAACUGGUUAGAGCAAAACAAAUAAGGGAACUAUAUUCAUGAAAAUAAUUUUAAUCAUUAGAAUUGGGUUACCAUGAAAGUCUGAUUACAGACUUAAUGUACUGAUGUUCUACCGUAGUUGAAAACUUGUAUCAAAUUAAAAACUGCCUUUUCAUUUUAGGUAACAUUAAUAGUUUUUUCUUUGUUAGUAGGCAGUCAUCAGUAUUUGUCAGUCUUCCAUUAAUGUUGGAUUUUUAUGUAAGUUUUUCUAUUAUUGUAAGAAUCCUAAAUUCUGAAUACAAUGACCAUUGAAAAUUUCCUAGCAGGUUUCAAAUGAAUGCUAUCCAAUGUAUGUUUUUUUUUUUUUAUUUUCUAAUUGGACCACUAUUGCCUUUGAUAUGUAGACAUUUGGCAAUGGUGAACCUUACACAUUGCUCAAUUCAAUUUCUUUUGUCUCCUUCACAUGAAUCAAACAGUUUUGCAGCUUUAGACAUGUUAGGAUGGCUAGUUGGAAUAUGUUGAAAUAAUUGUUGGUUGUUGUGUUAAUGACUAAUAUGCAAAUAAUGUACAAUAAAAGAAUGAAUGGCAUUAUGGUUGAUCAUUCACAUGAUUAUGGUGGGAAUACAUAGCCUACAUCAGGCAUGACUAAUUGUAUCAGUUAUUUGCAUUCAUUAUGUAACUGUAACAUGAGUGCUAGAGGAGUUUGUGGCAGCUGUAUUACAUAUAUAAUGUGUUAUUUGUAAUGAUUGCCUUGACCAUUUUGGGAAUCAGUACAUUAUCAUUAAGGUGAACAUUGAUUUGUUGAAUUAUCAAUUUCUAUUAUUACAAAACUUCAAAAGAUACAAGUAUUGCAUUUCAGGCUUUUUAUUUUUUUUUAUUUCAAAAAGUCAUGUAAAACAAAGUAAUUCUAAGCUUAAGAAAUACAUUAAGUUUCAACAAUUCAGUUGUAACAUUUACAAGAAAUUGUUUCAGUGAAAGAAUUUUCUUGACAAAUUCUUGACCUUUCUCUGUCCUGGUUAUACAUAUAUAUGUGUGUGUGUACACACAAUUAUCUUUGUUGCAUUCCUCUGUAUGUUUGUCAACAAUGUAACUUGCACCUGUAUUGUCUAUAUUUUAUCUGAAUGGUUAUAAUGGUUGAUCAUCUUAUAUUUUUUUCAAAUUUGUUUUAUUCUGAUGUUGAAAGGUUGGUUUGUUCCAUCUGACUUUGUGUAUAGGUUAUCUCAUCAUGGGUUCUCUACCAAAAUGUUAUCAUCUUAAUUUAUUUUACUUUAUACUAUGAUGAAUGUCAUGCUGAACUUUUUUUUUUAUUUGUGUAUUUCAAUAAAACUAUUUUCAACUGUU